UAGCAUAGGAUGUAGUCGAGGUAGUCCAAUUCACAGUCUGGCAACAUUUUAAAAAGAAAGUGAAGUGAAAGAAAUGAAUUUACGAGAAUAGGUCGCAAGUCGCAUAGAUUUUUGGUUGAUUUCCUUUUCACUUUUCUUUCAUAUUCUCCAUAAGAUCUAAUAAACUAGAGUUUAUUUGUGUUCCUCGGUAUAUUUUGAUUCAACGGACUCGGCGCCGUACCACCAAAACAGGAUAAGUACAAAAGUGAACAGCAUCUUAUUGAUUUUCUUCCCUUGCAUAUGCUUUCAACCAACGCGAAGUGGUGUUGUUAUAACUAGUGAAGAACGUGGAUCUAUGUUAUAACUCACCCGUUGUACAGUUUUUGUAAUAUAACACAGAUCCUGUGACAUUUCACCUAAUUUGGUGUAAACAUAGAAAUAGUAAAAAUGAUGGCAAAUACGCUCGACGGCGUAAACGUGAACCAGCCCACGCAAAAUGGAAGCAAGGUCCAACCUUGCAAUAAUGAGUCUAAGACCAACCUUAUUAUCAACUAUUUGCCUCAAACGAUGACACAGGAAGAGAUUAGAUCGUUAUUCUCGAGUGUCGGCGAAGUAGAAAGUUGCAAGCUCAUUAGAGACAAAGUGACAGUAUUCCCCGACCACAUUCUCAACGGGCAGAGUUUAGGGUACGCGUUCGUGAACUACCACAAGGCGGAGGAUGCCGAGAAGGCGGUGAACACGCUCAAUGGCCUGAGGCUGCAGAACAAGAUCAUUAAGGUAUCGUACGCACGCCCUAGUUCCGACGCGAUUAAAGGCGCCAAUCUCUACGUGUCCGGUCUUCCGAAGCACAUGACGCAGCAAGAGUUGGAGAAGCUCUUCAGUCCGUACGGGACCAUCAUCAGCUCUCGCAUACUUCAUGAGAACGUGAAUGUCGGCCAUUUACUGCAAGUGGGCGGCGACGAGCCUACCAUCGUGGGCCCCUCCAGAGGCGUGGCGUUCAUCCGCUACGACCAGCGACACGAGGCUGAGAACGCGAUACGUGAGUUGAAUGGCACCAUACCACCAGGUGGCACAGGACCCAUCACAGUCAAGUGUGCCAACAACCCAAGCAACCAGAACAAGGCACUCGCGCCUUUGGCUGCUUAUCUCGCCCCAGCUGCUGCUCGUCGUUUUGUUGGUCCAGCUGGAAAGGCUCUGCUUGCGAUCAACAAAGGUCUUCAGAGAUUUUCUCCUUUGGCCGACCCGCUCAUACAAGGAAAUGCCAUCGGAGGCUCAGGUUGGUGCAUCUUUGUCUAUAACAUUGGAGCUGAUACAGAAGAGAGUGUGCUGUGGCAGCUCUUUGGCCCAUUUGGUGCCGUCCAGAGUGUGAAAAUAAUUAGAGAUCCCACUACCAACAAAUGCAAGGGCUAUGGCUUUGUCACAAUGACUAAUUACGAUGAGGCUGUUGUUGCCAUCCAAUCCUUGAAUGGAUACUCGCUGAAUGGCCAGGUACUCCAGGUCAGCUUCAAAACGAACAAGAGUAAAUCUUAAACUACCCAGAAUCUAGUCAAUAAAUUGUAGCUAAUGCAAAAAUGUUGAUCAUUACUUUGUCAUGGUUUGAAGUUUGACUAAUAGUACUGUGUGAAAUAUGGAAGAAAUGUUAUUCAAAUCAUGACAUAAUGUCAGUUUGGACCGACAUUCAUACAUUAUAAGUACAAAAUAAAAUCAUCACAAUAAUACCUAGACAAAAUUUUAAAUGACUGACAUAUACACCAAGUAUUCUACAAAAUUGACCUAAUUUUAAUUAAAAAUUCCAUGAAAUACCUGUCUAGUGAAAUACCUACAUGUCCUAAGAUUUAAGAGUUAGUAACAAGUAAUGCAGUACUUUAAGUAAUUAACUUUUUCUAAUAGUUAAGUGGCUUAGCAUACCUGACAACUGAAUUGUAAAUCAGUUACAAGUCAGACGCUUAGUCAGAUAUAUAUAUAAAAUUUCGAGAACAAUGACAUACAUACAUUUAUAAAUAGUUGGCUGCAUGCUUUUUCCUAACUCAAACUACUGUUAAUACAUAAACUUAUGUCCAUCAGUGUGAAUGUCCUUAUGAGACUUACCUGUAGCAUUCUGGUAUUAUAAUAGGAUAAAGAUGCCAACAAGAUUCUAAUAUAACCGUAAUUCAGGCAAUAAUUAUAUGUUUAACGAUUGACAGUGCAAUAUUAAACUUUUUACUGUAAGU